GAAGACGUCAUCAGGCAGGGGCAGUAGGGCAGGAGUUUUCAUAGAAAGCAUGUGAUGAAGCAUCAUAAAAGCAGAGAGUGGGGACAAGGUCACAGAGCCCACUCUGCCUUCUUCCUCUCCUAGAGGUUAAAAGAGAGCAAGGACAACACUCUUGACGCUGGGACCUAGGUGGCCUUCCAGGGAAGAUGAAGCUCCUCUUGCUCCUGCUGACCUUGUCUCUGGCCCCCAGGACAAAGGCAGGGGAGAUCAUCGGGGGACAUGAAGCCAAGCCCCACUCUCGACCCUACAUGGCCUUCCUUCGGAUCGUGGAUCAGCAGUCUGAAAAGAGGUGUGGGGGCUUCCUUAUCCGAGAGGACUUUGUGCUGACUGCUGCUCACUGUGCAGGAAGUAAAAUAAAUGUCACUUUGGGGGCCCACAACAUCAAAGAACAGGAGGAGACCCAGCAAGUCAUUCCUGUGGUAAAACGCAUUCCCCACCCAGACUAUGAUUCCAAGACAAACUCCAAUGACAUCAUGCUGUUAAAGCUGAAGAAUAAGGCCAAGAGAACAAGAGCUGUGAGGCCCCUCAACCUGCCCAGGCGCAAUGUCAAUGUGAAGCCAGGAGAUGUGUGCUAUGUAGCUGGUUGGGGAAGGAUGGCCCCAAUGGGCAAAUACUCAAACACGCUACAAGAGGUUGAGCUGACCGUACAGAAGGAUCAGGAGUGUGAGUCACACUUAGAAAAUUAUUACAACAAUAUCAAUCAGAUAUGUGCAGGGGACCCAAAGACCAAGAAUACUUCCUUUAAGGGAGAUUCUGGAGGCCCGCUUGUGUGUAAAAAAGUGGCUGCAGGCAUAGUUUCCUAUGGACAUAAAAAUGGUUCAAAUCCACGUGCUUUCACCAAAGUCUCCAGUUUCCUUUCCUGGAUAAAGAAAGCGAUGAAAAGCAGCUAACUACAGAAGCAACAUGGAUCCUGUUCUGAUUACCCAUCCUCCCUAUAGCUUCGUCCUGGAUGGCUCUAGGACAGGUGGCAGCAUCUGAAUAGAGGACUUUUUCCUGACUGCAAAGACUGGUUUCAUGUCCAUUCACAAGGACCAACUCUGUCCUUGGCAGACCAAUGGAACACCUCUUCUGCCACCAUUCUGUGACAACCCAGCUGACAUCUUCCUAUGGUAGUUUGCCCUCUCUACAAAAGAAGUAGAAUGCUUGCAUUCGAGCUGGGCGUGUUCUGCUUCCCCUCAGUGCCCUUAGAAUGUUAUUCAAUGCAAGUCAUCAUUCAUACAGUUGCUCCCAAGUUGCUGACAUUCCCUAAAAUAGAGCAAGAAAUAGUAAACAGAAUUCCUUUUGCCUCUCUGUACUAUUUUCCCCCAAUACCAAGAUUUGUAUGUUUUAUAAAGCUAAUUUCCUUAUCAAGUGACAUCUUUAAAUUUUUAUAUUAAUUGCUUAUUUUCAAGGUACAACCUAAUUCUUUAUGGACAUGAUGUAAAAAUCAAAUAAAACUAAUUGACAUAUCCA